AUGCCUGCUGCGUGGAGAGCCGCUGGUCUUACCUACAACCGCUACCUGGGCAUCGCCGCCCGCGUUGUCCGCCGAAGCUUGAAGGAGGACAAGAGAAUCGCUGCCGAGCGCCGAGGCGAGAUGGAGCUGCGAUUCGCCAAGUGGAAUAACGGCAAGCAGGGUGAGCCCCAGGACCUUGCCAAGGCCAACGCUGCCAUCGCCGCCGAGAACGCCGCUUAA